GAGGAGGAGGAGAGGAAAGCCCGGGAGGAGCAGGCCCAGCGGGAGCAUGAAGAGUAUCUGAAACUGAAGGAAGCCUUUGUGGUGGAGGAAGAGGGUGUGGGCGAGACCAUGACUGAGGAGCAGUCCCACAGCUUCCUGGCCGAGUUCAUCAACUACAUUAAGCAGUCCAAGGUCGUGCUCUUGGAAGACCUGGCUUCCCAGGUGGGCCUGCGGACUCAGGACACCAUAAACCGCAUCCAGGACCUGCUGACUGAGGGAACUCUUACAGGUGUGAUUGACGACCGGGGCAAGUUCAUCUACAUAACCCCGGAGGAACUGGCUGCCAUGGCUAACUUCAUCCGACAGCGGGGCCGGGUAUCCAUCACCGAGCUUGCCCAGGCCAGCAACUCCCUCAUCGCCUGGGGCCGGGAGCCCCCUGCCCAGGUCCCAGCCUGACCUAGCCCUUCCCUCUUGGACUCAGAGCUGGCAUGAUCUAGCUGGCUAUACAUCUUUAUCCCUCCCUUCCAUCCUGGGGCAGUGAUGGAGUGUGGCCAGGCAGUUAUCGAUUAAAGGUCUGUGAGCACUGGUGA